GACCAGGAAUUAAAUCAGCAAUCUGGGAAGUUUUCUUGAUUCUUUUUAGUCGUUUGUCCUAACUGUGGCCACGAUUAUACAGUUUCUGUUUUGUUUGCAGCAGUCUUUAAACUUGUUUUAAAGAAUGACUUCCUGCCAUGUCGCAGAAGAAGUUCCCCUGCGAAAGAUUGCUAUCUUUGGAGGAACACACGGCAACGAAUUAUCCGGGGUAUUUCUGGUCAAGCACUGGCAGGAAGAUGGGACUGAGAUUCAGAGACCAGGAUUGGAGGUGACACCUUUCAUUGCCAAUCCGAGAGCCGUACAGAAGUGUUGCCGGUACAUUGACUGUGACCUGAAUCGGGUUUUUGAUGCUGAGAAUCUUAGGAGGAAAAUUACAGACGACACGCCAUAUGAAGUGAAAAGGGCUCAGGAAAUCCACGGCCUGUUUGGCCCGAAAGGCAGCAACCAAGAAGCCUAUGACCUUAUCUUUGAUCUUCACAACACAACCGCUAAUAUGGGCAGCACUCUUAUACUAGAAACCUCCAGGGAUGACUUCACUAUUCAGCUGUGUCAUUACAUUAAGGAUGCUUUGGCUCCGGAAACCUGCUCCGUUUUCCUGAUCGAGCACCCUAACCUGAAAUACGCGACGACCCGGUCUAUAGCAAAAUAUCCAGUGGGUGUGGAAGUUGGUCCUCAGCCCCAGGGAGUUCUGAGAGCGGAUAUUUUAGGUAAAAUGAGGACGAUCAUCAAACAUGGCCUUGACUUCAUACAGCUCUUCAAUGCAGGGAAAGAGUUUCCACCAAUCACAAUUGAUGUUUACAAAAUAACGGAGAAAGUCGACUAUCCCAGAAAUAAAAACGACGAGAUUACUGCUGUUGUUCACCCUAAUCUGCAGGAUCAAGACUGGGAGCCUCUCCACCCCGGCGAUCCGAUGUUUUUAACCUUUGAGGGAAAGACGAUUCCGUACGAAGGGGACUCCGUGACAUAUCCGACGUUUGUGAACGAAGCUGCUUAUUACGAAAAGAAUCAAGCUUUUGUACAAACUGUAAAACACAAAUUAAGUGCCAAAGGCCUAAGAGCCUCUCUGUCGUAGAAAUGGGAAUAAUAGUUCUGCUAGUUAUAAAAUCUUGGGGACCAGUUCAAUACACUGCAGACGGUUUGGGCUCCAGAUGGCCAGGCUAUAUGGGAUAGACAUAACUUGG